AUGAGUGCAGAAAAUGAAAUUCAAGAGGAGAGAAAUAAUGAAGAGUAGUAUCGAAAUUGGAAGUAGAACAUCCCAUUUAUGUAUGAAAUCUGCAUCAACCACCAAAACAAUUGGCCAUCCUUAACAGUUUGCUGGUUGAAUGAACUUGAGAUUGAUCAAAAUGACAAUGAAAUACAUAGAUUGAUAGUGGCCACUCAGACCAAUAAUUAAGAGUAGGAUUAUAUCAAAUUGCUAAAAGUUGCUAUUCCUAAGAAACUAGAUGAAUAAUUGGAUAACACAUUGCUAAAUAACAUUUGGAAAACCUAAGCAGUAGGAAAGGUAUAAGAGGAAUUGCAAAUUCCAGUAGAAGUUGAAAUCAAUCGAGUUCGAUAAUAACCAAAUAAUCAAUUCAUAUUAGCAGCAUAAGCUGGAGAUGGGGAAGUUGGUAUUUACGAUUUAAGCAAAUAAUCAAAAGUAUUCGCUUUGAAAGGAUAGGAGAAAGAGGGUUAUGGGCUGUCUUGGAAUCUUACGAAUUCUGGAUAAUUAUUGUCUGCUAGUUAUGAUCAUAACAUAUACCACUGGGAUUCCAACACAGGAUAAUUGAUAAAGUAAUACAAUUUUCAUUCAGCUGAAGUUGAAGAUGUGUGCUGGCAUCCUCAAGAUCCAAAUAUUUUCAUUUCUUGUUCUGAUGAUAAAACAUUUGCGAUUUGUGAUAUUCGAACAAAUCAAGGAGUUACAAUUAAAUAAGAAGCCCAUUCUUAAGAAGUCAACUGUGCUCAAUUUAAUAAUUUCUAAUCUAAUAUAUUUGCCACUGGGUCUAAUGAUGCUCAAGUUAAAAUGUUUGAUAUGAAUAAACCAGAGGAGGAUAUUCACACAUUUUCAAAUCAUGAAGAUGCCAUUUAUAGUCUCUAAUGGUCUCCUCAUUAAAGAAAUUUACUUGCAUCUGGUUCUGUUGAUACUAAAAUUGUUGUGUGGGACUAUUAUAAAAUUGGAAAUGAAAUUAAGGCUGAAGAUGAGAAAGAUGGUCCAUCAGAAUUGUUGUUUUAUCACGGAGGACAUAGAUCUAAAGUGAAUGAUUUAUCUUGGAAUGUUAAUCAUAAACAUUUGUUUGCAAGUGUUGAAUAAGAGAAAAACAUACUCUAAAUCUGGAAGAUUUAGCAAUAAUUAUGGGAAGAAGAUGAAAAUGAUGAAUAUAUCCAAUCUCUAGUCUGA